AUGAAGGCGUUUUUUAUUCUACAUUUAGCCAGUUUUCUCUUGCUUACUUAUGCAAAUCCACUUAAUGAACUGGACCAUGAUGAGUUGUCAGGUAAAAUUCAUACCUUGUAUCAGCAGCAUUAUUCGAAGUAUAAAACAUAUCUGAAAAAAAUGGGCAAAAAACAUGAUCCAUCUGUUCCGGAACCAAUUCGAUUACUUAAAUUUGCACAAUCUUUGAAAAUGAUUGAUGAACAUAACCAGCGUUACAGUAAAGGAUUGGAAACAUACGAAGUAGAUCUGAACGAAAUGAGCGAUUGGACGGAAGAAGAGAAAGGAAGACUUCACGGAUAUUAUCCAGAUUUGACUGCAAAAGUGGAAGGAAAUUUGACUAAAAUAAUCCGUGGAAAUACGUCAAUACCAGCUUCGCGUGAUUACACAAAAGAAAUAGCUGCAUUACCGGUACGACGUCAAGGUCGUUGCGGCUCGUGUUUUAUUUUCUCAGCAUUAGGAGCGCUCGAAAUGCAUGUAGCGCUCAGAACUAAAAAAGCUCCCAUACAACUAUCAGUACAGGAUGUAAUGGAUUGUAGUGGAGUGUCCAAAUGUAAAGGAAUAGGCGGAAAUGGACCUGCGGUUUUUCGUUGGAUUGCUAAGAAUGGUGUAAAGAAAGAAAAAGAUUAUCCAUACAAAGAGAAUGAUUCUUCUUGCCCAAAGAAGAAGACUGGACGAGAAAAGUAUGGAUUAGUUGAUGCCGUUUAUUUGCCGCCUAACAAAGAAGGAAUUCUCAAGAGGGUAUUGGCAUUGUAUGGACCAGUUAGUGUAUCAUUGUAUUCGUCAUCACCAAGUUUUGUCGCUUAUCGAAGUGUAGCAGUUGGUUAUGGUGUCGAAAAUAAUACGGAAUAUUUUAUCAUCAGAAAUAGUUGGGGCCCUACAUGGGGUCAAAAAGGAUACGGUCGUAUUCGCGCUGGGGUAUUUAUGUGCGGUAUUGGUCGUUUUUCGAACGUACCAAUCUUCAAAUGA